AAAGAARGUUCCGGCAGAACGUUCCGCAUUCUUUUAARACGCAACCGUGAGAUUCAGUGGGAGGAGUGGGCCGACGUAUCACGUUUCACACGUAUCACGUAAAGCAAAACCAGUAUUUGGAGAUUGGACAACUACUAGCCAAGACYAAAGUGCGUCAAUACUCGCUAGGGUGCUUAAGGUUGAAUGGUAUAAACACUUGGUUAUAGUAAGUUCUUUCGACAGAAUUUUGUUUUGUUACUGAGGGCGAAAGCAAAGCCAAGGCGAAUCGCGAAGAGCCCACACACCUGCGUCAGAAGGCUACAGACCCGCCUUGGUUCUACUGCAGAUGUAAGGCAUAUAAUUGCCGCGAUAGAUAUGAAAGUCAUUUAAGAACCGUUGAAGAAAUACACAGAAAAACUAAUCUUCAAGAAGCGAAGCACAGUUGUCUGUGUUGUGAAUAAAAAGAUCGCUAAAAUGAACACAGUCAACACGACGAAAAUCGAUUAUGCCAUGGUCACACCGGUGUGGAUUGUCCAAGUGACAUUAUAUUGUAUUAUAGUGUUCAUAGGUAGUAUUGGCAAUGGUAUUAUAUGCUGGAACGUCUGUAAAAACAACCAACGUCGCAUCAGUGAAUAUUUGGUCGCGAACCUUGCGUUUACGGAUCUUGGUACGUGUUUAGUAAGCAUACCGUUUGACUUUGUGGAGCGCGUUACUGGAGAUUUCCCUUUCGGCUCCAUCAUGUGUUAUAUGGUAUAUCCACUGCAGACUGUUCUGAUGGCCGUCUCUGUUAUUACAUUGUUGUGUAUGAGUUUUGAACGCUACCGCAUCGUAAUGGCUCCACUAAGACCACGUAUGACUGGAAAAAUGGCUAAAAUUUGUAUCGCGAUCGCAUGGGCCGUUCCCGUCAUUGUCAUCACACCUUACGCGUUAGUUUUACGUGUGGAAGGAAAACAAUGCCUUGAAAGUUGGCCUGAAGAUUGGUACGUUAAAGUCUUUACGUUAUCUGUGUUCAUACUGUUCUUUGUAAUCCCGCUAUUUGCUAUCGGUACGUCGUACAUACGCGCGGGACGUAAGCUUCACAGUGAACUCGAACGUUUUAAAGACAUGGGAGACACGCAUAGCCGUACGCAUACGCUUUACGCGCGUAAACGAGCCCUCCAGAAACUUCAAGUUACGAAAAUGUUUAUUCUUGCGUUUGUGGUUUUUACGAUUUGUAUGUUUCCUAAUCACGUCAUCUGGUUAUGGCACGAUUUUGGUAGCGGACGUACCAACGCUCAUUUUAAAGAGAUUCUUGUGUUCAGUAACAUCUUAACGUACGUGAACAGCGCUAUCGAUCCGUUUAUCUUCCGUCAAAUCAGUAUACGUGUUGGGUCAACGGUACGCAUGCCUAAAAUCUUCGGCGAGAAUCGAGACUGUAACUGUUGUUGCUUACUAGAGUACGGCGUUAGGAUCAAUAAUCUUGUUGCGGAACGCCAGAACGCGAUACGGAAAAAGAAAAAACGUARUACAAAACGUGAGUCRGCCAAGUCGCAAAGGGUGAGGUUUGCACCAACAGCAAAAGAACCAAUGAUAUUCAUCUCUGCUGUGUAGUCAUGSUAACUGUGCAAACAAUGGCAACAACUCGUGUUGUUAUAGCAACUAUAAUUGUGAGAGAGUUGUAGUCAUGGAAACUGUACAUAUGACAACUGUGGUCAUGGUAACUGUGGUCAUGGYAAUGAUACCAUGCAAUGCGUGAUCUUAAAUAAAAGCGUUCAGGAUAAUGGAUAUCAGAUGGUAUUAAACUGUUUUAAAGGCAAAUUAUAAUAAAUUUAGAUUUAAUACACAAUUGACUAUGAAGCAAUGAGAUCGAAGGACAAAAACUCAUAGUCCACUAGACCGACAAAUUUUUCAUUUGCUAAUAAGAAAAAAAAAGCUGUUCUCGACUUCUCUUUGCCUUUCUCCACAGUGACAAUAAACUAUCACAAAUAAACCACAGUUAAAUAGCCAAUCAGAAUGCUCGAUUCGUUAUAAUCUACAAUUUGAUGGAUAUUGGGUAAUUUCCAAUACUAGUUCAGGUACCGAAAACAAGCAGUCAUUCUAAUCGCCCUUAAUCWGAUUAGUACCUUAACGCAAGAAAAGCCUUKUAGGUUAGCGUAGWAUCGUUACRAAKYGUUURGUAUUUAUCAGUUCUGCGUAGCGUUAACGUUACGUUACGAACAAACAAGAACACGUGCAGUUAUUCYGCGGUGUUUGUAGCGUAAUAAGMUUCAUAUUACGUGGCGAAAUGACUGCGUUAAAAUUACCUCAUUUUGCAAAGGCGAAGUUUUUUCAAAAUCAAAUUAAAGCUUUAAAAAGAACUAGUCGCUGCCCUUGAUCUUCAGAAGUAGGAAAAAACAUUAGAUUUGAUGAUAGUACGGAAGUCUCGCGGCGAUUAUACGUUGGUAUUGUUUACAUUUUGAAUGUAAAUUUUGCCGAGUUAAAGUAAAUGGUUUAUCGGGAGACUGCGGAAGUAUUCAUUUUCUCACCA